AUGACCAACAAGUGCAAGGUCCGCGUCCACGACACAGGGAGCAGUAACCGGGUGCACCCACCCAGUCACCUUCUGUCCCCGCGACUCACGUCGCCUCGAUGUCUUCGGCCGACAACUGCCGCGCCGCGCAAGCUCCUCCUGGCACAAAAGUCGCCUUCGCCAUUGCCCUCAUCCCUAACGUCCAAAACCAAUCAAUAUGACCAAGGCACUGUCGAGAUCCUGCCGACAGUUGCUAUGAAGCCGACCUUGAUCCCGUCCGAGGACUCAACGCCCCAGCAGCCAGCGCCACCUACACGACCUGGUUCCGCCCUCAAACCCCCCAUCACCCCCCGCCAAAUGGCCAAGCGACCGCACACGGCAGCUAACGCCUUGACCGUUGUCCGGCGGAGUGCCAUGUCGAGUCCGUCCCCCACGGCUGCACCCUCCCCGCCGCCGCCAUCACGUCACAGUGUCGAAGACGCAGCGGCGUUGAGGUCGUUCCAUCGGUUGCUUCAGGACGACGACCCAGCCAAAGCCCUCCGAUCUGCCUUCUUGACGUGGGACACGGAUCGAGAUGGCGUGGUCUCGGAACAACAAUGUCGAGAUAUGUUUACGAGCAUGGGGUGGGCGGCCAAGCUGGGCGACGACGCCACCGCCCACGUGCUCCAGUGCGUCGUGCACCCAACGACGAGACUCGUGGCGCUGGCCGACUUUUGUCGGUGGCAAGAGGUCGAUGGCAACGCCAAGCAUAACGAGUUGCAACACCGGCAAGUGCCGCCACUGCUAACCACCCGCGAGACCAUCUCGAUCUUGCGCAAGCGAUACGAUAAGGAGUCCCUUGCCACGGUCUUUCGAACGUGGGAUGACACCAAAGCUGGCCACUUGACGCCUGCCAUGCUCGCGCACAACUUGGCCAAACUGCACAUGGCGGUGGAACCCAGUGUCGUCCAUGACCUAGUGCACACUUACGACGUGGACAAGGACGGGGCGUUGGACUUUGCCGAAUUCAACGCAUUUCUCGACGGCCCGCAAAUCGACGGCCACGACCGAUCCGCCGUCAUUGAACGGAAUCGGACGUUCAAGUCGUCCGCUAUAGUGGGAACAGCACCGCCAAUCGUCCAACCCGGCGCGAUGUCGAACGCGGUCGAGUUGCUGCGGGAUGCGACGGAAGACGCCGCGGCGGUCGAAGUGGCGGAGCGAGUGUUUCAGAAACUCAAAACGUACAAGUCGCGCAUUGCAGACGUAUUCCGAGAAAUGGACGAAGACGAGAGCGGCGUGCUGUCGUACGCCGAGUUUCGGCAAGGGCUCAAGCACAAGGGCAUUCAGUUGACGGAGCAAGAGUUCCACCACCUCAUGACGGACGUGGACAAGGACAAGAACGGUCUCGUAACGUUCCAGGAACUGUCGGCGCACUUGAACGCGUGUGAAAAGACGGUGCAGCUGCACUUGGCUUCCGUUCCUCGUCUCACGAGUUGGACCGAAGACGACUCGACCAAAGGCAAACUCAAGUACAAUUUCGACCAACUCCGACGAAAAGUGCGGGCGCCAACUCGACGGGGCCGCACGCCCCACUACGACACGCGACUACUCAUCACCGGUCCCGCGAGCAAACAUAACGCUUGUCAAGCUGAUGCCACGACGAGGUUUCACGUGGAAUCCAACCAAUUUGGGCCGUGUCCAACUUCGCCCAGCGUCAGCGCAAGCGACAAAGCCGCCCGAGCUUCGGUGCACGCCAUGAGACAGCGCCGCAUUGCCGACUCGCGCCAUGGCCAGGACGUGUACACCGCCAUGGAGCGCCUGAAAAUGCAAAUGCUCAACGACAAGAAAGCCACGUACAGUCCACCAGAGCGCACUCGAUAUUACUUAAAGUUACAGCAGCGCGCAGACCACGAUGCGACCGCGUGGGAGUUUGGGCCACCACACGAGUAA